GUGUUUUCUCCCAUUUUGUGCAGAGCAGAUAGCUUGGAAGAAUGGCAACCUAUCUGCCGGAGGAAGUGGUGGUGAAGAUACUGUCGAGGCUGCCCCCAAAAUCUCUGAUCAGAUUCAAGUGUGUCUCCAAAAGAUGGCAUGCUCUCAUAGGAAACCCAGAUUUCCUCUCAAAACACCUCCUCAACCACUCCAUUAUCGCCCAGAACCCCAAUGAAGAUGAUCCUCUCCGUCUUAUCCUCUUCUUCGCCCACGACUCCGACACCGGAAAUCUAAUACACUCUUUCCGCUAUUACGACUCCCUCCACUGCGCGUCUCAAACCCCUCUGAAUCUCCCAACAGAAGCAACUUUUGACAUCGUCGCUUCCUGUAAUGGCCUGCUCUGCCUCUGGGACUAUGCGCGAAACGACAUUUAUCUCUGGAAUCCCGCAACGUCAUCAGAACUUAAGGCUCUCCCAGCCUCGUCUUCUUACUGUCGACUUAGAGUCCUUUUGUUUCAUGUGGGGUUCGGUUUCGACUCGGUAUCUAACGAUUACAAGGUGAUCAGAAUUCUUCUGGUUGAAGGCGAAGAUGAUCUAUGGGAUGAAGUAGAUAUAUACAGCCUGAGAUGCGGUUCUUGGAGACAGCUUGAUGUGGGCGUGCCCUUGACCUUAAUAUAUGAUGAUUGGCGGAGUGCGGCAUUGGAUGGGGUUUUUCUAUGGUAUGGUGACGACGAAUACAAGGAACAUAGUGAGAUAAUAGUUGCUUUUGACUUCAGCAAUGAGGAGUUCCGAACGAUGCUGUUUCCAGAUUUCUGUGAUUACGGUGAAUGCACGCGGACUGUCACGGAGUUGAAAGGAUCUCUUGCUAUGCUGGUUUUUCCUAAUGAUGACGGGAAGAAACACAUGUAUUUGGAUAUAUGGGUUAUGCUUGAAUUUGGUGUUAGGGAGUCGUGGACUAGACUGCUUAGCAUUAAUCUCCCAGUGCAUUUGGAAAGGCCAUUGGGGUUUUGGAAGAACGGGGAGUUGUUCAUGGAGAAUCGAAAGAGGCAGCUGGUCUUGUAUGAUCUUUUGACACAAACAGCGAAGGAACUUCAGUUUAAAGGGUCUUGGGGAACGUUUGAAGUUGUAGAACUCAGGGUGAGUUCGAUUGUGAUCAAUGGAGGGGUUGAACUUGGAGGAAUGGAGAGUGGUGUCAUAUCUACCCCGUCAUGUUCAUCUUGUUCAUCUCAGUUGCAUUACGCAACCGACUUCAACAACCAUGAAGACUGCAGGAGAAAACAACAGGAGACAGACAGGAAAUUGGAAGAGACGCAAAUCUCACUGCAAGAGACACAAAUCUCACUGCAGGAUAUGCAGGAACGCACAGCGAAGAUGGAAGAAGGCAUGGCGAAGAUGCGGGAAAAGAUGGAUAUGCUAAUGGCACUUGCAAGCAGGCCCGGAGGGAGCUUUGGAGGUGAUCCAAGCCAAGACAACCUGUGAGUGGGGUGUAGCUGCAAGUGAGAGUUCUAAAAGAGGUUGAUGAUUGACUUGAAAGAUUGAUGGAUGAAAAAGCAAAGGACUUGUAAAGAAUGGAAUGCAUCUUUUGUUGCAAUGAAUUUAGAGUUUUUGAACUAAAAAUUGUGUUUAAAUAACUUCUGUUGUAAUGAUUAAUAUUUUUAUUUGGUUGGAACACCUUUUCUCGCAGUAUUUUCAGCACUCCUCGGAGAUGGUUCUUGUGGUCUUGAUGAGUAAUCAAUCCAAGUAGUUGCGAAAGAAUCAUCUGCGAGCAAUUGCAUGGAUUGACCAUAUUUCUUACUAUUUAGACUUUAAUCUCAAUAAUGUUGAUUAUUUUCACUGCAGGAUCUAUUAGAUUUGCAAAAAUAGAUGGUUGAAAGUUUAUAUGUGUUUGUAUCAGCUUGUGUGAAUUCUAGAAGGCCGAGCAUUAAUCUUGU